AAUGUAGAACCCUAAAGACGAGAGAGAGAGAAGAUGGCUCGCCGAAGAAACGCGAGCGACGACGACGACGAUGACUUCCUUUACCGUUACCCCGUUCCGCCGUUGUCCGCCGCCAAUUCUGCUUCCGGGUCGGACGCCUCGGGUUCAUCCAGGGGCGGAUCCGGUGGGCUCGCCCCCUCGAAAUCGACGGUCUAUGUCUCCAACCUAGACUUCUCGCUCACCAACUCCGACCUCCACACCAUCUUCUCCACUUUCGGGAAGGUCGCCCGCGUCACCGUGCUCAAGGAUCGGACCACUCGGCGGAGCCGCGGCGUCGCCUUCGUGCUCUUCGUCUCCCGCGACGACGCCGCGGCGGCCGCCCGGUCGAUGAACGGGAAGAUCCUCAACGGACGCACACUCGCCGCUUCCAUUGCUUCUGACAACGGCCGGGCCGCAGAGUUCAUUCGCCGGAGGGUUUACAAGGACAAGAGUAAGUGCUACGAAUGCGGCGAGGAGGGCCACCUCUCCUACGAGUGCCCGAAGAACCAGCUGGGCCCCAGGGAGCGUCCCAAUCCGAAGAGGACACGCAGGAGAGCUCAAGACUCCAGUGGCGGUGGGGGUCAGGAUUGGGGUUCCGACGGCGGCGGCGGGGAAGAGGAACGGUUUGAAGAUGAUAAUUGGGCAUCCGUGGUGGACACUCGUGGAUUCGAGGAGAAGGUGAGGGAGAGGGAGGAACCCAUUGAAGAUGGAAACGAGAAGAAGAAAAAGGAGAAGAAAGCUAGUUAUUUCAGUGACGAGAGCGGCGAGGAUGAAUAGAGGCUCCUGGUGAACCAUCUCCAUCUUUAGCACCACUAAAGAACAGUUAAGGCAUGUACCGCGCACUCAACAUAAUUGAUGCAGUUUCUUUGUAGCAGUUUCAUCUGCUGAUAGGUAAUAACUUGCUUUGGGUUAACGUUUGGGAGAGUUCUUGAACUAGCAUCAUGUGAUGAAGCACUACGCCACAGCUAUUAUUGCUCUCGUUCCUUUUAUUUAUUGCGUUAUAAUUUUAUUUA